AUGAAGCUUACUGGAGUUUCCGUUUCUCUCGCCCUUGCUGGCCUAUCCUACGGCGCUACUAUCCCCAUCGCCGGAGGCGCUCUCAGUGGCGUCGAGGGCACUGUUGGUGGUGCUCAGGCUGCCACUUCCAACCUCGUUGCUCCUGUCGUCACCACUGCUGGCAGCUUGGCCGGCGGUUUGAAGCGCGAUCUUGGUGAUGCUGCUGGUGAGACUGUUGAAGCCAUACCUAGUGUUCUCAACGGUGCCACUGGUAUUGCAGCUGGUGCUGUUGGAACCGCUGAGAGCAGCAGCUCCGGUCUUGUUUUCACCGCGGAGCACGGUAUCGAGAAUGCCCUUCCUGGAAAGCGGGACUUCACCGAUGCCGUCGGACAGACUGUUGAAGCAGUCCCUGGUGUUGCUAACGGCGCUACCAAUAUUGCCGCCGGUGCUGUCGGAACCGUUGAGAGCACCACCUCAGGGCUUGUUUACACCGCGGAAAACGCUGUCGGUAGCACCCACGAUCUUGGAACGCGUGACUUCACCGAUGCCGUUGGCCACACUGUUGAGGCUGUCCCUAGUGUUGCAAAUGGCGCUACCGCUAUUGCCGCCGGUGCUGUCGGAACCGUCGAGAGCACCGUCUCUAGCGGCGCUAAUACUGCGGAGAAGGCCGUUUCUAGUGUCGGUGCCGGCAAGCGUGAUGUUGAUGGCAUUAUUGACACCGUCGCUGGGACCGUUGGUAGCACUGCUGGUAGCACUGUCGGCAGUACCGUGGGAAGCACUGUUGGGAGCACUGUCCCUGCCACUGUUGGUCAGGCAACUGCUAGUCUCAGUGGCCUGGCUAAGCGCCAGGGAGGUCUCACCAGUGGCAUUGACUCGACCGUUCUGAGCAUUGUCGGUCCCAUCACCUCCCACCCCACUGACCUCAUCGGCUCCCUCGUCGGUCUCAAGCACGCCGCCGACAUUGGUGAGAUCACCCACAGCCAGCUUGCUGAGCUCCCUGCUUUGCAGGCCGUGCUUUCUCUCCUCUAA